AUGGACUCGUUAGAAGUCGCCUUGGUGGCUUCUGCCGUGACGGUCAAAGUCAUUGUGGACCUGGGCUUGUCGACGCCUGGAAUCGCACUUGAGGCGACGUCAGCAGAGGUGACGAAAACAGAGUUGUGAACAGCAGGCUGUCCAUUGAUAGGCUGACUGGCUGCUAGAGCGAGAGCAGCGGCAACAGCGGGAGCGCUUGCGGCGGUGAGCUUCAUGUUUAUCAGAGAGCGGUGCUUCGAUCCUAA